AUGUCUGAUUCUCGACGUCUCCGCCCGAGACGGCAAGCCCCUGAUCAAGGCGAGCCGCCCAGCGAUGCCGAGUCCGUCCAUUAUAGCGACGAUAACCUCCAAGACGUCGACCGUACGCUUCGUCAAGUACCUCCUCCUCGUCAGCGUGAAGAUCCGCUGCAUUUCCCGGCGCCAGAGGUCACUGGCGCUGACAAUCCUUAUGCGAAUCGACGCCCUAUCCUCAAUAUAGAUAGGAGCAAUCGUAGCGACGUAUUCAAUCUGUCGCCGAUUCGUGAUUCUGUGCCUCUCCAGACCACUGAGAGUGAAAUGCCGUAUGAUGCUACCAAUACCGUCGGCAACUACCCUCCUCGUCAAUUCAGACCGAGAGAAUCCCCCGAGCAAGAAAAGGCUAUUGCGCACCUAAAAAGGGCCAAAGAAGCAGUUAGAAAACUUCGGGAUGACUCCAAAUUCGAAGCCUUGAAGGGCAAGUCCAAUUACCGUCAUUGGGCUGAUAACAUGGAGCAAUUGUUCGAUGACAAUGCCGUCACUCCCAUUGUAUACGGCGAAGUCAUGAUCCUACCCCGUGAGCAUCGCCAUUUCCUGGCGCAAGCUCAAUUCGUCUCAUUCGCGAGAAGAGCUAUCAAUAGCCAUGUGUCGAAGCAAAUUCAGCAGUAUUUGCAAGAUAGAAAGCUUCGAGAUCCGGCUGCAAUGUGGAAAGUAAUUGAGAGUGCGUACGCGCCUACCGAUGCAUCUAUAGCAGCUAGUGGUACCGCAUGGACGAAGACGUUUACCGGAAGUAUUGAAAGCGAGCGCGUCAAAUGUCUCUUCUUCCUCGAGAAGCUAGACAGUCCAAAAUGGGACGCGUGGAAGACCAGCCUUAUGUCGCGGGUAAGCAGGUCAUCCGACUCCGAUAGGAUCUACCGGUUCGACGAGCUCAUUGCCGAGCUUGAAGACUUCGAGAGAUCACUAGAUCGUGAGACCAAGACCCGAAAUACGUAUGCCACGCCAGCAGCUAGCGCCAACCUCAUUAGCGGUGCAAGACUUGCUAGGAAAGGUGUCACGGCGAUCUACCGUCCGAACCAGCUGCUAUUGAGGCGCAAAGAUGGCAGCAUACUUGGUACGGGACGCAAGGUCGAUAAGCAAUGGAUCUUGAAUGUCUCCUCCGUCGGUUCUCCUCCUUCAAAGAUGGAGACAGCAAGCUUACACCACGUCCGAAGCUCCACCGAG